AGAGAGAGAGAGAGAGAGAGAGGGGUAGCCAUGGUUUGUAAAUCACAUCAGAAAACAGUGAUUUAUCAAAACCUCCGUGCCCUGCGUUCCAUUACCAAAUCCUCAUCAGUUAAAGAGACUGCUAUAAUACUGGAUGCUGUCCGCUACAUAUGGGAGUUGAAGAUGAAAGUUGAGAGAUUGUACCUCCAACUCCACCUCUCGGACCCCUUGGAGGUUAGGACAGAGAGGAUUGGAAAAGGGUUUUUGGUGAGAUUGUGGAGUCUGAAACGAGACAAUUUACUGGUCACCAUUCUAGAGACUUUUGAGGGACUGGGUUUGAACGUGUUGCAGGCUAGGGUUUCAUCCAAGGACUACUUUUACAUGGAGGCCUUUUGUGUGGAGCAAGGAGAGAGAGUGGAGGGCCAUGUGUUGAAGCAGACUGUUAUUGAAGCAGUGAAGAGCGGGAAGUGUAAGAUUACUGGGUGCAUGGGAGUUGAUUGCUAAGUGCUCAGCUGAAAUGCAUUUAUCCAUAUGAACUUGUUUCUUCUUUCAGGGGACCAGUAAUGUUGUAAAUUGAUGAGUUUUUUCAGGAAUGGAAGUUGCUUUUUCAUAGGUUUAGUUAUAUUGUAUUGUAAACUGAAGUGUCAGCUCAAGGAAUGAAAUUGUUUUU